GAAUGUAAAACGCGACUCGUGUGACGGAUCUGAGUGAGUGUAUUAGCAGUUAGCUCAUCGGUUAGCUAGGGAUGGCAGGAGGGUGUGUGGGCGUGUCUUAAUUAGCAUAUUCAUGUUUAUUCAUAGAGAUUGGUGUUUUCAACGAGAAUGAAGAUGUCUGUAUGUUUUUCUCUUGUGUUUUUCAAAAGCGGCAAGUAACUGUUCAACCCCGAUUAUUUUAAUUAAAAAGAAAAAAGGAACGGAUUUCACUGUGUGAUGCGCGUGACCGUGACGCUGUGGGGGGCGUGUCCUCACCGGAAGUGCGUCACCUGAAUUCUUUGCCAUUUUUGUUUUGGCUUGAGAGAAACUCGCCCAAUGUGCGGUGUUUAAAGCGCCGGAUUCCUCAGUGACAGACAGUCCGCUUCAGGUCAGACGCAGCCCCGGAGAAAAGCUGGCCCGCCCGAUUCCCCCCAUCAUGCCCGCCCUGCUGGAGAGGCCCAAGCUGUCAAACGCCAUGGCACGCGCUCUACACAAACACAUCAUGAGGGAGAGAGAGAGGAAGAGACAGGAGGAGGAAGAGGUGGAUAAAAUGAUGGAGCAGAAGCUGAAGGAGGAGGAGGAGAGGAAGAGGAAGAAGGAGAUGGAGGAGAGGAUGUCUUUAGAGGAAACCAAAGAGCAGAUUAUGAAGAUGGGGGAGAAGCUCCAGGGUCUGCAGGAGGAGAAACACCAGCUAUUUCUGCAAUUGAAGAAGGUUCUGCAUGAGGAGGAGAAACGCCGGAGGAAAGAGCAGAGUGACAUGACAACAAUGACUUCAGCUACGUAUCAGCCCAACAUGGCCGUUCACUCAGGGCAGCACCUACUCAGCAUGCAGCUAGCGGGGUCUGUCUCUCAUGCCCGGUCUGCAGUUCUGUUAGGAGAGCGCAGCAAGCAGCUUUUCCAACCUCCUGUCAUUUCUGGUCGUUCGUUUCCAUCUCAGCCUGGUUUUGGUGCUGUUGUUUCUGAGCAUGCUCAGUUUGGAGUUCAGGCAGGUCAUGGGUCAUUCGGGGUCACACAGCCGCAACAUGCCACAGCCUUUAACCCUGGCCAAUCAGCACCUGCCACCUAUAGCAGCCCCGCCCACAUCAGAGGUGCAUCAGCGUUCCAGGCCAUGCAAUACUUGCCUCAUCAGCAACCAGGUUACACUGUACACACUCACUUCACCUCCCAGCCAGGUUUUCUGCCCAGUACUGGGAUCCCCCUACAGAAGCAGUUGGAACAUGCCAACCAGCAGUCGGGUUUCACUGAUUCUAGUGCAUUGAGGCCCAUGCACCCUCAGGCUCUCCAUGCCAGUGCUGCAGGUUUGUUGCCCACUCCCUCUAUCGCUGUGCAGAUUCCUCACACGAAGGCCGGCUUGCCAUACGCUCCCCCGCCCAGACCAGCAUCACCCGGAUCCUUCACACAGCACGCGGCGACGUUUCAGAGCUCAUCUCAGCCACCACGCCAUGCCUACCUCUCUCACGGCCAAUCAGGACAGAGGUUCUAUCACCAUGGCAAAUAAUCAGCCAGUCAGGUGCUGGAUAUGGAGGAGGAGGAUUUGGUCCAGGUUCACUUACAUUGCUGCCCCCCAACACACACUAACACACUUUUAAUGCAAAGAAUGUGUGUACCUUUUAUUAUAUGCUUUUAUUAUCAGAAGUGUGUGUGUGUGUAAAACCUAUGUGUCAGAAUGCAGAUUGUGUCUCGCAGCAGUGACACUCAGACUCUGUUCCUGUUAAUCUCAGUAGCUACUCUGUGUGAUUAUAGCUGUGAUGUCAUCAUUAGGGUCACAUGACUUAUGUGAAGUGUGUGAAGGGGUAAAGUAACAUGACUGUAAUAGAUGAGUGAUGUAUUCUAUCCCCUUGUUUCUCUUCAGGGAUGGUUCAGUCCAUUAUCUGAUGGACAGGGGUAUGAGGCCACCCUCUCUUUUCAGAAAUGGUUUAUUCCAGGGAUAAACGGAUGUUCAGAAAUGGUUUGGUUUCUGAAUAUAUGGGAGCAUGCAUCUAUAUUUGAGUGGUUUGUUCCAAUUUAACAUGGUUACACAAGACAGUGUGUCAGAUCCCCCCCGUUCAGGAGUGUGUGUGUGUUGGAUCAUCAGUCUGUUCUCGCCUGGGGGCCGUAGGGCUGUCUCCUCAUUCGGAACCGAGAUGGAGUCCAUCAGUAUAAAAGUGGAACAAACUGUUCAUCCAUCCGUAGUCAAUGUGGACGAAACCUUUCCCACCGCAGUGCAGCAGCCUUCUGACGUUUCUCCACAGCAGCUCACGUUUCCACAGUCCUGCGUUACGUCAGCCCUAUGACCUCACAGUGUGACAUCAUACACGCAUGGUUGCAUCAGCAUGUGUUGUGAACAACAGAAUGUUAAACACUUCCUGUUUUGACUCGAUGGGACAAAAGCUCUCAUAUUUACAUCAUUUAAUCUUCACGCUUCUCUAAUGAGCUCUUUUAAACCUUUACUGCUUACCUUAGUUUAGUUUCAGCUUCUAUGAUUAAAGUCGCUCUCAGGGCUUGUUGUGUAAAAACAAACACACACACACACACACAGCCAUGCUGACGAGGGGGAAGAGUUAUUUUUCUGAAAAAACAUUAAUUUUAAAAUGUGAUGUAAAUAGUUUUAACAAACUUGCACUAAAACUGAUCUGAAAAUAAAUAAUUAUGAAACGACA